GUUUACCUCUCAACGUAAACGUUCCGACAACUCAAAUGGCUGGAUGUUGGGAGGUUCCCAGCACGUGUCUGGUACGCGAGCCUCGCGUCGCUACGAGGCUGUUUGGCAUUGUGGGUCCAUCUGUUAGGAUAAAUUCCCGCGGUUGGAUUUUUGAGCUCUUGUCCUGGACGUUCACGCUUGUUGCUUUUCGUUUGCCUCGCAUUUUGGUUCCUGCUUGACGGCUCCACGAAGGCCUUACGCCAGAUACGCCCGCACGCACACGACACUCCCUACAAGACCUCUUCAAGAAACAGUAACGCAUACCAACCUACGAAGCUACAGAUAUGCUGCCAAUCAUCGCAACUCUUGCUCUCGCCUUUGUAUCCUUCUUUGCUUCAGCUUUCGUGAUACUUCGCAUUGUAAUACCAAUUUUACCCCCUCAUCCGCUAAGCCGUCGGGUUCCCCCUUCUGAAUUUGGUCUUCCUAACUUCAAGUCUCUUUCUCCCGCAGAUAAGAGCCACAUUUGGCUCGCUGUAUGUGACAUCCUGGCCCUCGCCAUCUUCGUUUGGCAAGUAAUCACCGAAUACCUCGGUGGCCCCUCUGGUUAUGGCGUCGUUCAUGACCCUGCCUCUGCUGUUCGACUGUGGCUUGCAACCACCCUCAGACAGUCUUGCCUACUCAUCGUUGCAUCGCUCACUCUCCUCCAUGUUCGCCUAGGCCGCCCUGUAUCCUUUGGAGAAAAGCAUUGGAUGCUCUGGGGUCCCACUGCGGUCCUCGCCAUAACGUCUACCGCACUCGCAGGCGUCUUUGCCGGCACAAAUGUUGCUAGUUUCUUCAUUGGAUUGACCGCCUAUUCUACCACCCUUGCAGUCAUGAGCACUGUAGCCUUCGGUUGUCUAAUUGGAACUCUCAUUAUCAUCAAGCGAAACCUUGCUGCUUUGAAUGAGAUGAGAGAUACUUGGCCUCCUGUUCAGGAAGCCGCCGAUAGGCCUCGUCCGUCAUUCGCCACAGAGGAUAUUGAUGCGAUAAAGGAUGGAAGCUCGUGGAUCACUUCUCGCGCAAGUUCACGUCACGACUCGAUAUCUGCAUUCUCUUUCUCGACGCAUCAUACACACCAUUCCGCGAAGCCAUCUAAUGGAAGUGUUCGUCUGAUGCCAGCGGCCAUGGCCUCGAAUCCUUCCAUUCCUCCGAAGUCGUCCUACUGGUUCAACCCUGCUACUCCGUAUGGCAACGGCCGUGAUUCGCCUGUUCCUCCCGUACCUCCACUUCCGUCACCAUACAGACCAUCCACAGCUCCAUCCACCGGUACACUUCAUGACGGUGUCGGGUUCCAUGACGAUGAUCCAUUCAGACGUCAAGCUCCUCGUAUGGGCUCACAGUCGUCUUGGCUGUCCGAGCAUUUCUCGGAACAGGCAACUCUUUCCGCUUGGUCUUUCCCAACCACACGUCCGGGAACACCUGCUGCUUACCCUUCUACUCCAGAUUUGCACACGGAGCUACUUCCUUCAACAGCGGUGUCUCGUCCUUUGACACCUGCUAUGGUUAGCACGGACGUUCUUGGUGGUUAUGGUUACUCUCCCGAGGCAAUGCAUGCAGAGAAGGGGAUCGCUGCUGUCAAUGCCGCCACUGGCGGUGAGGUUGACAUCUCGGUUUAUCGUGCUAUUGGAUGGCUCAUCACAGUUUGGGUUCCUCUGGCCUUCGCUCUACCCUAUUACCUGAUGCUCGGACCCACACAUCCCCUCAGCUCAACCGUUUCUUCCGUACUGCUCGUUCUGUCGGUCACCUUGUCAUCACCUAUCCUAGCGCUCAACAUUCUCCUCCGUUCUCCACUCCCUAUUCCAACUGGUCUCUUUGACAGUCACAGCGACCCUCCAUCUAUGGUCAUGCGCGCCCCUUCUCCAGCGAGUACUCUUCCGAUGUUCUCUCACGAGUACAAACGCAGUGGAAGCGUGACUGUUGUCGAGGGCCGCCGUAGUGGUGAUGUGUGGAUUGCUAACGGAAACGCUGUCGAUGGUAGGAACAAACUGGGUCGUGCUGUUGGUCUACUUUCCGUGAAGCCGAAGCUUUCGGUAUUGCCACCUGAGGGCAAGUUCCUCAAUGAAGAACUUCUUACGCCCCCAUUGCCCAUCCAGAUGCACGACAACUUGCCUUCGGUUCCACAUACUCCUCAGUCAGAGAUUAGUGCAGAGAUGGGUCGUCACGGCAGGCCAAGAAAAGAUUCGAAACCCUCAUCGUACUAUUCCGGUGCAGACGACUCCGUUGCUUUUGCUACUCAGAUCAUGAUUGCUCAAAGGCAUUAUUCGACUUUGGCCACUACAGUUGUCCUUCCACCUUCUCCUGAACAUCGCGCUUCGUCUAUGGAUGUCGCCGUUAGUGGUGUUGAGCCUGAUGCAGUUGACCCCACAUCUCGCCGUUCCAGCCAUCUUCGUGCUCGUUCCAUUUCGUCCAUCGCCGGUCCCCCUGUCAGUCCUCCUCCUGCCUCCCCGCUUCCGCCCACACCUCCAUCUAUCAAGGAACGCAAAGCAGCCCGUCUUACACAUAGGAAAUCGUACUCAUCCGGAUUCUCCUUCGGUGCUAUCGACAACACCGCGGAGAUCGACGCGCUUUCCGCCGGUGUAUUGCCUUUGCUUGUUCCUGGAUUGAAGGUGGGAAGUGAUAUGAAGAUUAGCAAGGAGUGGAAGGUCUCUUCACCUACGACUAUGGGUAAGAGUAGCACGGUGGGGGGUCGCAGGUCUAGGCAGAUCCUUCCCCAAGAACUGGGCGGUAUCUCGACUGACUUCUCGUCUCCUGAGAUGCAUUCCACUCCUGCUGAGAGGAAGGAGGCGAGGACGAGAAAGACCUCUCACAAGAGGCAUCACUUCAGCCUUCCCAGCCUCGGAAAGGAUGGCAUCCAUGCACUGUCAACUUGGCGUACAGAAUUGAACCGUGAAAUUGACACCAAGUUGACCGUCACGGUGAGCGAGUCCACCCGCAGGAACACACUGCAAUGGGAAGGAGAUGUUGUUCCCGGCGGCUCAGGCUCAUCCCACUUAAACGUCGUUCAAGAAGAGGACGAGGCAUUACGACCAACCUCUCCUGGUCUGUAUCCAGCUCCCAGAAGGCCCGUUGGUUCUCUAUGUCCCCCAAGCGACGUUCCAGAGAACAUGACCUCCCAACGGAAUUCGUUGAACAUGCUCAUCACCGCUUUAGAUCAAGAACUGCGUAUGGCUCCUCCUUCCGCCAAUUCUGAGGUAACACUCUUCGACUUCAACCCUAACGAUGGGUCUGGACCUCAAGCUGAAAGCACUCCACACGAAUCACAACGUACUCACACAAGAUAUUCCGGCCAACACGAACCUGCACCUCCUGUUCCCAAACUUCCCAAGAGUUCCCGACGCUCAAGCAUUGUGUAUAUUAAAUCUGACGAAAACACAGCUCCGACAGUUGCUGCUACGACACGACCAUCGACUACCCCUACUCGCUUAGAACAACUGACCUCGCGCGUUCGACCACUUAUACCCAAAGUACGAUCGAACAAGCUUCAGGCAAAGACUUCGACUUCACCCACUUCAUCUGAAAACUCCCCCGGCGGGGGUCUCCGCCCGCUUUCGCUCUUGCAAAAUCGGGAGGUAAACCAGGGCGUUGGUCUCUCGAAGGUAGAGACCCGUCCUCUUACACCUGGCAAGAAGAAACGGGGAUCCAAGAAGACAGUGGUUGAUGAGAACGCCCCUGAAUCAGAUCCUAACUUGAAGAAGAGUUUGAAACCCUUGAAACUUUCUCGUUCGGAAACCACCAAACAGCGCGCGAUAUUGCGAGCAAGGGAAGUCAUUCCGGAUGUUGUCGUCCGGCCACCUUCACAGUACACCGAGUACACUUAUGGAUUCUGAUGAUUGAAUCCACGUUUUCUUUUCAUGUGACAUUGGCUUUCGUUUCAUGUUGAUAUUGUUCCCUCGCUUUUGCCUUUCAUGUCGUGCUGAUCUAACGCCCUCACGUUUGUUGCAAUGCUGUUACUCACCCCUCUAUGCUUUAUGCUUCCCCUUUCUCCUGUCAUCUUGCUGUUCUCUAUUGUUCUUUAGGUCUUGGACGAAAUGUCUCAUUAUGCUCUGUCUAUCUCUCAAAGUCCUAGUCCAACGUCACUCUGCAUUUGUCUUACCCCUGCUUUCUUCGCUCUUGCAUUGUUUUCUUCCAUUUUCUGUGCUAGUCACCUUACAACUUGAAGUUGCUCUGUCGCCUUCAUGUAGAUACCUUUCGUAUGUUCUUACUCUACAAGCGCAUAGGACGCUCAAACUUAUCUUUCACUUAUUCUCUAUAGUUACAAAGAUCAUCAAUAACUCAACCGAAACCGAGACAGAAGUGGUAUGAUAUUAUCAUAAUGAGAAUGAACUUGCACAUUGUCC